AUGAAUCCUCUCGAUACUUCCAUUCGAAUUGCUACUGUCGACUCUCUUGCUCCAUCUGCUGCUCUUCCGUUAAAUGAAAACGUUAAUGUACUUCAAGCUGCUUCUUAUAUGGCUGCAAAACGUCAGGAUGCCGUUCUUGUGGUUGACAAUGAUGGUGAACUUACCGGAAUCCUUACUGAUAAGGAUUUGGCUUAUAGAGUCAUUGCUUCUCGACUCAACCCAAAAACUACUCCGAUCGUAGCUGUCAUGACUAAAAACCCGGUUUCUGUUGGUCCGGAUACGACUGCUUCAGAUGCUCUCAACAAAAUGGUUGCUGGUCACUUUCGUCAUUUACCUGUCGUAGAUGAUGGCAUCAAUGAUUUAGAUGACCAACUCACCAACUUGGAGAGUCUCAGAUCCGCUGAUAUCUUGCGAUCCGUUUGCACUGAUUCGGGUGAUUUUCCUACAACUACUUUUGCUAUUCUGGACAUCACAAAGUGUUUGUACGAGGCUCUAGAGAAACUGGAACGAGCAUUCGACCCUCAUCUCCCUGCAGACAUCAUCAACCACCCUAAUGCUUUAGAUUCAUUUCAACUCAGCAUUCAACAACCGGAUAAACACAUUAUCACAGACCCAGAUUUGGAAACUACUCCGUUAAUUCAAUUCACUCGCAAUAUUCAAACUCAGCUUGCUUGUCCAACCCUCGAAUCGGUUCUCCCCAAAGAUGCUCCGUCAUCCACCCCAAUGCUAUCCAAAAAUUGCUCUGUUCUUGAUGCUGUCGUCAAAAUGCAACAAACUCACGAAACUGCUGUGUUGGCCUUUGAACCUUUGCCCAAUCAACCCAUGGUCGCCAGUUCCUUGCUGGCUGGCAUUUUCACCACAAAGGAUCUCGUGUUGCGUGUUUUGGCUGCUGGUUUGAAUCCCGAAAAAACUGCCAUUUCUCGAGUCAUGACUCCACAUCCUGACUGUGUCGGUCUAGAUACAACUGUAAUCGACGCUUUACGGAAAAUGUAU